UUUGUGGCUUUUUGGAUUUAUUCUAUUUGGACAACAACCUUCCGUGUUAGAUUCUUUAUAAAGAGAGAAGACGGAGGACAAAAUGAAAUACAUUAUAGGAAUUGGCGGGGUGACUAAUGGAGGUAAAACCACUGUGACAAAUAAACUGAUGAAGACUUUGCCCAACUGCUGUGUUGUGCAUCAAGAUGACUUCUUCAAGAAACCUGAUCAGAUAGAAGUUGGUGACGAUGGCUUUAAACAGUGGGAUGUGAUCACUGCCCUGGAUAUGGAGGCCAUGACCAACACAGUAAAAGCCUGGAUGGAGAAUCCUGUGAAGUUUGCGCGGUCCCACGGCGUCUCACUGGCCCCUGUAUCAGAAGUGGUCGACCCAGAUGAGCAGAUCCACAUCCUACUUGUGGAAGGAUUUCUCCUCUACAACUAUGCGCCUCUGCUGGAUGUAUUCAACAAGUGCUAUUACAUCACGAUACCCUACGAGGAGUGCAAGAGGAGAAGAAGUACCAGGCAAUACACUGUCCCAGACCCUCCUGGCCUGUUUGACGGUCAUGUGUGGCCCAUGUAUUUGAAACACAGGUCAGAGAUGGAGAACUGCAGCUUAAAUAUUGAGUAUUUAGAUGGUUUGAAAACGAAAGAGGAGAUCUACAACCAAGUGUAUGAAGACAUUCAGAACAGUCUUCUCAACUGUUUAUAGCAGAACGAUGGCCAAUCUCCAUCUGUAUACAGGGUGUAAAUAGUUCCAAUGAUUCGUUUUUAUUCUUUUUAUAUUUUGUAAAUAGAGUGAAGCAAUGUUAACUUAUCAUUGUCUUUUUAAGCUUAUUUAUAGGUUUGCUGAAA